CUCAUUUCUUGAUAAAACUGAUAAUUUUCUUGAAUUUUCAUUACAUUAAUCUUUAGACUUCUUUGUAAAAACUAUUCCCAUGUAUGAUCCUUUUCUAGUAUAAAUAUGAGAUCAUUAUUUUAACCAGCCUACAAAGCAUCUCUCCAUCUCAAGAGAAAAAAGAAAUUAGGUUAACAAUAAUGAUGUUUUCGGUUAUGGUUGCGACCAUCAUCUGCCUUAUAGGCUACAUUUACCGAUCGUUAAAGCCUCCACCACCACGAAUCUGCGGCGUUCCAAACGGUCCUCCGGUUACUUCUCCGAGAGUCAAGCUUAGUGAUGGACGACAUCUUGCUUAUAGAGAAUAUGGAGUUGAUAGAGCCAAUGCUAACUACAAGAUUAUUGUCGUUCAUGGCUUCAAUAGCUCCAAAGACAGUCAAUUUCCCAUUCCUAAGGAUCUGAUCGAGGAACUUGGGAUAUACUUUGUAUUCUACGAUAGAGCAGGAUAUGGAGAAAGUGAUCCACACCCAUCACGCACAGUCAAGAGUGAAGCAUACGACAUUCAAGAACUCGCCGAUAAACUCAAGAUCGGACCAAAGUUCUACGUUCUUGGUAUAUCACUUGGUGCUUACUCUGUUUACAGUUGUCUCAAAUACAUUCCCCACAGACUAGCUGGAGCAGUAUUAGUGGUUCCAUUUGUGAACUAUUGGUGGACUAAAGUGCCUCAAGACAAAUUGAGUAAAGCGUUGGAGCUAAUGCCAACGAAAGACCAAUGGACAUUUAAAGUGGCUCAUUACGUUCCGUGGUUGUUAUAUUGGUGGUUGACCCAAAAACUGUUUCCGUCUUCGAGUAUGAUCACAGGGAACAAUGCCUUAUGCAGCGAUAGAGAUUUGGUCAUCAUAAAGAAGAAAAUGGAGCACCCAAACCCUGCCAUGGAAAAGGUCCGACAACAAGGAGACCACGAAUGCCUUCACCGGGACAUGAUAGCUGGAUUUGCGACAUGGGAAUUCGACCCGACCGAAUUGGAGAAUCCGUUCCCGGAAGGCGAAGGAUCGGUCCAUGUGUGGCAAGCGAUGGAAGACAGAAUCAUUCCAUACGAAAUCAAUCGAUACAUAUCCCAAAAGCUUCCAUGGAUUAAGUACCACGAGGUCUUAGGUUAUGGACAUCUUCUAACAGCCGAGGAGGAUAAAUGCGUAGACAUUAUAAAGGCCCUUCUUGUCGACGUCUGAUGGUCAUAAUCUAUAUAUCUACACAAAGAUAUCUUAACGUCCUCUCUACUAAUUGUAAUAGAUGCCAUUAUGAACUUAGCUUAUUUAAGAGAUUUUAUUUGAUGGAUUAUCAUAUAAUAAGAUAGUAACUGAAAUGGAAAAAAAUCUUGAAAGUCA